AGCGCGCAGGGAGGGGGCGGGGCGAGAGUGCGAGUGGAAGGGAGAGUAGUGCCCGGUGCGCGCUCCCGCUGCUGACACAAAUGGCGGCCCCGGACUGGCUCCCCUCCCUGCCGGGCUCCUGGCGCUUCGGCAUCUCCCGGGGGGGCCGCGUAUUCUUUAUCAAUGAAGAAGCAAAGAGUACGACGUGGCUGCACCCAGUCACCGGGGAGACCAUACUCACGGGGCACAGGAAGGCUCCAGACUUGCCCACGGGCUGGGAGGAGGGCUACACGUUCGAAGGCGCUCGUUACUACAUAAACCACAAUGAGCGGAAAGUGACCUGCACCCACCCAGUAACUGGGCAGCCCUCCCAGGAUAACUGUAUCUUUGUGGUGAAUGAGCAAACUCCUUCCAGCGUCUCCUCUCAGGAAAAGAAAGAUCGCACAGUCAGCAUGUCCAGCGAAUCGCCAAACUGCAACUCUCUGCCCCCCGGAAAUCCAAGCAGCCCCCUGACUAGGUCGUCGAGAUCUUCAGGAAAAAUCCACAAUUUUGGCAAAAGGUCCAACUCCAUAAGGAGGAAUCCCGGUGCCCCUGUGGCCAUGCGCGGCUGGCUGUACAAGAAGGCAAACUCGGGGAUGAAGCUGUGGAAGAAGCGCUGGUUUGUGCUGUCGGACCUGUGUCUGUUCUACUAUAGAGAUGAGAAGGAAGAGGGGGUACUGGGGAGCAUUCUCCUCCCGAGCUUCCAGAUCUGCACGGUGACCCCCGAGGAUCACAUUAACCGCUUGUUUGCCUUUAAGGUUAAUCUGCUCCUCUGCAAGGCUGCCCACUCCAACAUGCGCACCUACUAUUUCUGCACAGACUCCGCCCCCGACACGGAGAUGUGGAUGAGAGUCAUGACCGACGCUUCCCUGGUGCGCUCACUGCCGCCCAACAGGGCGGAACCAAUGAAGUGUGAGAAUGUUGCCCCCCCAGAACUGAACCACGUUGCAAACCACAGGCUGCUGAUCCGGCCGGAAGCCAACAAUAACCAGAGAAACGCAGAGCUGAGCAGACUUGGGGGGCAGAAGUCUGUGGAGGCAGAGAAAUACGGGUUCCAGGGGCAGGACCGGCCCCUAACCAAAAUAACCGGGGGGCGCCCGGGGCCCGGCAUGUCUGACUAUGAGACCUUACAGCCGGGCCUGGUCCAGUACAGGUCGGCGCACAUUAAUGGGCCUGAGAACCAGGGACAUUUCUCUGAACCGGACUCUGCCGACUCCCACAGAACCGUAGCGCCCAGCACAGAACCGGAGCGGGUCAUGCAGAGAACCAACUCCCUGUUACAGCUGGGCCAGUGGAUCAGAGCGCAGAGAGACAAGGAGUUCGAGGGAGAGUCGAGAGGGGUAAUGUCCUAUCAGACGCUGCCCAGGAAUAUGCCCAGCCACCACACACCGACACUGCCCCGAUACCCAGAAGGCUACCGGACACUCCCGCGCCAACCCAAAGCCCGGCCCGAGAGCCUGUGCAGCGCCGCCGGGUACGAGCAGAGCCUGGGGCCCCAGGAGAAGAGACGCUCCAUACGGGACGACACCAUGUGGCAACUGUACGAGUGGCAGCAGAGACAGUUCUACAACAAGCAGAGCACUCUCCGCCGGCACACCUCCCUCACCAGCCCCAAAACCAUGAUCCAUAUCUCCGACCAGACUCUGCACUCUAUUCCCAUGUCCCCCUCCCACGGCUCCAUCUCGGGGUACCACACCUACUCGCCCCAUCGCUCCUACAGGUCCGAGGUCUCCUCCCCCGUACAGAUAGGGGACAUCACUAUCGACCGGCGGCACAAGGCGUACCCCAAUAAGCACCCGUUUGUGCCCGACAGAAGGUCGAUGCCCGCAGGAGUGAGCCUACAGCCCAUCACCCCGCAGGGUCUCCAAGGCAAAACCCCAGAGGAACUGACCCUGUUGCUGAUCAAGCUGAGGCGGCAGCAGGCAGAGCUGGGCAGUAUCCGGGAAUACACCCUGGCACAGCUCCUGCGGCUCAAACCCUUCUGCAGUCCCAAGAACGAGAUCCUCUCCCACCAUCUCCAGCGGAACCUCAUCUAUGUGGACCACCAGAUGAAAGAGAAUGAGCCCCUAAUCACUAUGGUUCACACCAUGAUUGAGAACUCAGCGCUUAGACCUCAGCUGUUCCAGCAAAUGGCGCAAGAGGACGGCCGCUCUGUGGGGUAUAAAUUCCGCUCGGAAGAGCCCGACAUCGACGCCCAGCUGAGCCGCCUGUGUGAGCAGGACAAGUUGGUACAGGCCCUGGAGCAGAAACUGCAGCAGUUGCACAAGGAGAAGUACACUGUGGAACAGGCGCUGCUCUCUGCCAGCCAGGAGAUAGAGCUAAAUGCCGACAGUCCGACUGCCAUGCAGAGCGUUGUGCUACAGAGAGACGAUCUGCAGAACGGGCUGCUCAGUACCUGCCGGGAGGUGUCUCGUGCCACUGCGGAGCUGGAGAGAUCGUGGCGAGAAUACGAUAAGUUGGAGCGCGAUGUGACUGCCGCGAGGAACCAAAUGCGGGAACAGCUGGAGCGUAUGGGGGGGGUGCAGACGGAGACGGGGGGCAUUCAGCGCGCUCAGAUGCAGAAGGAGAUCUGGCGGAUCCAGGACGUGAUGGAGGGGCUCAGCAAGCACAAGCAGCACAGAUCCCAGGCCGAAGCCGAAUCGGAGCCGCACGCGGUUUCUACGGGCGAUAACGAGGAGGAGGUCCCGCCGCGCCCUCCGCUCCCUCGCUCCUAUGAUUUACCCGAGGGGCCCCCCGCAAUCCCCCCCAUGCCCAGUAAGAGCAGCCCCGCCCUGCUGUGCGGUAACCGGGGCCCCAUCCAGCUCCCCGACGACAAGAUGGCCGCGCCUCAGAGAAACGGGACGUAUUGCGGGCCGGACUACAGGCUGUACAAGAGCGAGCCGGAACUGACCACCGUGGCCGAAGUGGACGAGACCAACGCCGACGACAAGAGCGAAGCGGCCGCCAACCUAGAAAGUGCGGCAACGAAAGGGUCACACUAUCCCGUGGGGGUGGUCUCCCCGAGAACCAAGUCCCCCCCACUGGAAUCCACCACCAUCGCUUCCUAUGUCACUUUAAGGAAGGGCAGGAAGGCGGAGCCAAAAACAGAGAGGCCGAGGAGCGCGGUGGAACAUCUGUGCAUUGCCGAGGGGCCCAGGGCCCGGAUGACGGUGGAGGAGCAACUGGAGCGGAUGAAGAAGCACCAACAGCCCAGUCUGCGCAGAAAGGCUUUCAGUCUAUUUGGGGCCCCUGAGCAGAGUCCGUCCCAGAGCCCCUCCUUCUCCAGGGACAACUCCCUCAAAAUGAUUCGCAGGCGGGAGGAUAAAAUAUUCAGUAACAUUAAAGACAUGGAGAACGCGGUGCGAGAGAACUCGGCCCAACGGGAGUCGCCGGCCCAGGAGAUUCUCCGACUGAAGGAAACGGCAACGGGAGCCGAGAAGUCCGACUCAGUGAGUGCCGGGGACACAGGGAGUUCUGCUGAUGCCAAAGAGACGCCGGCGCCGGGCCCUCCUGCACUUCCUGAUCCUGUUGGGUCCAUUCAGUCACCGGGAGACAGCGGCCAAGUCUCCCCGUCGCUAAGCAACCACAAGGCCGACACCAGCAGCGCCGAUGAACCCAAUGAGCCCAAUGAGCCGCUGGCGCCGGGGAUUCUUUAUGACUUUGCUCCAGAGCCUUUCAAGAGACUCGCGUCAUUGGAAGCCGCAAACCGCUCCCUCCCAGACUCGCCCACUUUACCUGCAUCACCGGUACAGACCCAGCUCAGCGAGGGCACCCACUUCAUGUGCGUGUAGGUGCCCCGAGGGCAGAGCAGACACUACACAGAGGGAGGAUUUGGGCUGACGGACCGGUUCCUGUACAGAACUUCCUACCAAACCUGAUGUCCCCGCCCCCCCCGGCCACGCUUGCUGCUACCUACCUUGCACAUUGCAUACAUACCGCCAUUUUUACUCGCCAGCAGGGGGGGGGGACGUCACUUACAUUCGUCUUCGCCACGUGAUUUGCCCCCGGCAGUUUUAUACCCCCCUCACCUGGGGCUUUUAACAGAAACACGAUAGAGUUUUCCAGCGGAUUUGUACAAUAGAUAUAUUUAUAUUUAAUAAGGGCGCCCCCUAGAGGCUCCGCCGGAUCCCCGCGCCCCCACCUGGUUGCAAUAGGGAGACACUGGGGCUUUUCAGUUCUUCCGGGGGGGGCGGGGGGGGGUUGUACAGCAAUAAGAGGGGCAGAAGUGUAUAAAUGUAAUUAUCGGGGCGCCCGGUGUAUCGAGUGCAGCAGCAGAAUAUUAUUUCUUUUAUAAACAAAUAAAUGUCCAUCUUGUUUUA